GUGUCACUGGCUGCCAGAUCACUGAGGGUCCCACAAUGUGGCCUGGGCUGUGGUCGAUCCUGGAUGAGACAGAGUGAGCCCCCUUCCUGAAUUCCAAGACAGUUCUGCUAAGAGAACCCAGGUGUAGCUCAGCAAGACAACUGAUGGAGUCCCUCAGGGCCCAUCAAAUACUGGACUGGCUGACCCCCUAGGGUUGGGGGUAGCCCUUGCCCCUCAGUAUGGCCAAUACCACCGGAGAGUCCGAGGAGGUGAGCGGCGCACUGUCCCUGCCAUCAGCAUCGGCUUAUGUGAAGCUGGUGCUGCUGGGACUGAUCAUGUGUGUAAGCCUGGCAGGCAAUGCCAUCUUGUCCCUGCUGGUGCUCAAGGAGCGUGCCCUGCACAAGGCUCCUUACUACUUUCUGCUGGACCUGUGCCUAGCUGAUGGCAUACGCUCUGCCAUCUGCUUCCCCUUUGUACUGGCUUCUGUGCGCCAUGGCUCCUCAUGGACCUUCAGUGCACUCAGCUGUAAGAUUGUGGCCUUUAUGGCUGUGCUCUUUUGCUUCCAUGCGGCCUUCAUGCUGUUCUGCAUCAGCGUCACCCGCUACAUGGCCAUCGCCCACCACCGCUUCUAUGCCAAGCGCAUGACACUCUGGACAUGCGCAGCUGUCAUCUGCAUGGCCUGGACCUUAUCUGUGGCCAUGGCUUUCCCACCUGUCUUUGAUGUGGGCACCUACAAGUUUAUCCGAGAGGAGGACCAGUGCAUCUUUGAGCAUCGCUACUUCAAAGCAAAUGACACACUGGGCUUUAUGCUUAUGUUGGCUGUGCUCAUGGCAGCCACACAUGCUGUCUAUGGCAAGCUGUUACUCUUCGAGUAUCGUCACCGCAAGAUGAAGCCAGUGCAGAUGGUGCCAGCCAUCAGCCAAAACUGGACAUUCCAUGGUCCUGGAGCUACCGGCCAGGCUGCUGCCAACUGGAUCGCUGGCUUUGGCCGUGGGCCCAUGCCACCAACUCUGCUGGGUAUCCGGCAGAAUGGGCACGCAGCUAGCCGGCGGCUACUGGGCAUGGACGAGGUCAAGGGUGAAAAGCAGCUGGGCCGAAUGUUCUACGCGAUCACACUGCUCUUCCUGCUCCUCUGGUCACCAUACAUCGUGGCCUGCUACUGGCGAGUGUUUGUGAAAGCCUGCGCUGUGCCCCACCGCUACCUGGCCACUGCUGUUUGGAUGAGCUUCGCCCAGGCUGCCGUCAACCCAAUCGUCUGCUUCCUGCUUAACAAGGACCUCAAGAAGUGCCUGAGGACUCAUGCCCCUUGCUGGGGCACAGGAGGUGCCCCAGCUCCCAGAGAACCCUACUGUGUCAUGUGAAGCAAGCCAGUAGGUGGUAGGCAGGGGGAAAGUCAUGAUCACCAUACUGGGGCCAACAGCAAGGGAAGGGUGGGAUCCAUACAGAAGCCUUCUUUUUUGAGCCCCAGUCCAGGCUCUCAAACCAUCCAUAACUGAGGCACUUCGCCAAUACCUCCCAAGGGUUGGAAACUGGGUGAGGAACUGGAAAAAGAGGCAUUUCUAGUUCUGUGGGGCUUACCCCACAGCCUCCUUCUCCACUUCUACAAUGUCCUAUUCCCAUGCCCUCCCUGCCUUCCUUUCCCUCUCCUUCUAUCUUCCUGAAAUAAUGAUUCAGUAAAAGAAAGCAAAGUGAAAAUGCAGGGGUUUUCAUAACAGCUGAGGAAACAGGCUUUCUUGCUUAAAUGUGUCCCCCCC